CAAUGACUCUUGUUCUCCUUAAAACACGUCUUCCAGUAAUUUACAUAAACUUUCUACGCAUUUUGUCAUUUAUUAUAAAAAUAUUAGUCCUCCCACAACUACCUUGAGUCUACUAUUCAUUACAUUACACUUUUAUCUUCAGCAAGUGAGUUUUCAAAUUUCAAAUUCUGCAAUGGCUUGCAUAACCAGCAAUAGCGGUUCUUCAUCACGCACAAUGAAUUUUGAUGUUUUUGUGAGCUUUAGAGGUGAGGAUACUCGUAAUAAUUUCACUGAUCAUCUUUUUGCUGCUCUUCGAAGGAAAGGUGUUGUUGCCUUCAGAGAUAACCAAAAUAUCAAUAAAGGGCAACUCUUGGAACCUGAGCUCAUGCAAGCAAUCAAACGAUCACGUCUUUUCAUUGUUGUCUUCUCAAAGAAUUAUGCAUCAUCCUCAUGGUGCUUGAAAGAGUUGACAAUGAUUUUUGAUUGGGUUAAAGAAACAGGUCAAAGUGUUCUUCCUAUAUUCUAUGAUGUCACUCCUUCUGAGGUCCGAAAACAAAGUGGAGAGUUCCAAAAAGCUUUUGCCCAAUACGAAAUAACCUUCCGAGAUGAUUUGGAAAUGGUAAAAAAAUGGAGGGAAGCUAUGAAGGCAAUUGCCAACCGUUCUGGGUGGGAUCUACUGAAUAAGCUUCAACAUGAGGAAAUAGAAAAAAUUGUUGAAGAGGUAAUCAACUUAUUGGGUCAUAAUCAAAUUUUGAAUUUUGGAGAUGAUUUAGUUGAUAUGCACUCUCGUGUAAAACAAUUAGAGGAACUUGUAGAUCCAGAUGCAAAUGAAGUUGUUCGAGUAAUAGGAAUAAGUGGGAUGGGUGGAAUAGGAAAGACAACACUUGCUACUGCUUUAUUUGAUAAAAUCUCUCAUCAAUAUGAUGCUUGUUGUUUCAUUGAUGAUGUAAGAAAAAUUUAUGGGGAGUUUGGACCCAUGGUUGCACAAAAACAACUUCUUUGUCAAGCUCUAAAUCAAGGUAAUGUUGAGAUAAACAAUCUUUACCAAGGAACCUUGUUGGUAAGAACUAGGUUAUGCCACUUAAAGGUGCUUAUUGUUCUAGAUAAUGUUGAUCAAGAUGAACAAUUGGAAAAAUUGGCUUUGCAUCCUAAAUAUCUAGGUGUAGGGAGUAGAAUCCUCAUAAUCUCUAGAGAUAGUCAUAUCUUAAGAAAUUAUGGAGUGAAUGAAGUUUACAAUGUUCAAUUGUUGAAUGCAAAUAAAGCUCUUCAAUUAUUUUGUAGAAAAGCUUUCAAAUCUGAUAAUAUUUUGAAUGAUUAUAAAGAGUUGACCUAUGAUGUACUAAAAUAUGUCGAUGGCCUUCCUUUAGCAGUUAAAGUGUUAGGCUCAUUUUUGUUUGAUCGAGAUGUUUAUGAGUGGAGAAGUGCAUUGGCUAGACUUAAAAAAUAUCCAAACAAAGAUAUUAUGGAGGUGUUACGAAUAAGUUUUGAUGGAUUGAAGGAAAUGGAAAAGGAAAUAUUUUUAGAUAUUGCUUGUUUCUUUUGUGAUACAUUCCAUCAACAAGGUAAGGGAAGAGUAAAAAAACUUCUAAACUAUCGUGGAUUUUUUCCCAAUAUUGGCAUGAAAGUUCUCAUUGAGAAAUCACUAAUAACUUGUAAUAAUUGGGAUGUUAAAAUGCACGACUUGUUGAAAGAGUUGGGCAGAAGUAUUGUUCGAGAAAAAUCACCUAAUGAACCAAUAAAGUGGAGUAGGCUAUGGGACUUCAAGGAUCUCCAAAAUAUCAUGAUAAAAAAUGAGGAAGCCGAAAAUCUUGAAGCCAUGGUUAUUUAUUAUGGACAGCAUUUGGACGACAAAACAAUGGCAGGGAAUGUUAUAUCAAAAAUGAAGCAUCUCAAGUUGCUCAUACUUCAGAAUGUGAAUUUUUUGGGAAGUCUCAACUAUCUUUCUAACGAAUUAAGAUAUCUAUCUUGGCAUAGAUAUCCUUUCAUUUGUUUGCCAUCAAAUUUUCAUCCGGAUAAUCUAGUAGAGUUGAUCUUGUGUCAUAGCAAUCUCAAACAAUUAUGGAAAGGCACAAAGCAUUUGCCUAAUUUGAUAUGUCUAGAUCUUAGCUACUCCAAAAGUCUUAUUGAGGUGCCAGACUUAACGGGAGUUCCUCGUCUUAGGGAUCUUAUUCUUGAAGGAUGUAUAAAUAUUACGCGGAUCCACCCAUCCAUUGGUAUUCUGAGAGAACUUUUUUAUCUAAAUUUGACAAAUUGUAAAAAUCUUUUCCACAAUUUGAAUAUGUUUUUCGGACUCAAAUCUCUUAAGAUGCUAAUUCUCUCAGGCUGCUCAAAAUUACUCAAUAAUCGUCUUCUAAAGAAACCAAGGGAGGUAGAACAUUUGGAGAACGUUGAUAAAAAUACAAGUGUUAUCCAAUUAUCAACAUCCUCUCUAUAUGAAAUUCUAAUGUUGCCUUUGUAUUUCCUUUCCUCUCACAAACAUGGAGAUUCACUUGAUUUAUUGUUGCCAUAUUUGUCUCGUUUCCCAUGUUUGCAACAUCUUGAUCUAAGCUUCUGCAAUCUACUUCAAAUUCCCGAUGCUAUUGGGAGCUUACAGUCUUUAGAAAGCUUAAAUUUGGGGGGAAACAAAUUCGUUAUACUACCGACUGCCAGCAAGGAGCUUUCCAAUCUUCAAUGUUUAAAUUUGCAGCACUGCAAACAGCUGAAAUAUUUGCCUGAGCUUCCAACAACCAAACAAUACGACUUUGGGCAGUUAUAUAUUUUUAAUUGCCCCAAUUUGAGUGAAAUGGGACAUUGUUAUCAUAUGGUUUUUUCUUGGAUGAUACAAAUAUUUAAGGCUUUCUUGCAAUCCUCCCUUUCCUUGCAAAGGCUCCGGAUUGUUAUUCCUGGAACUGAAAUUCCAAGGUGGUUUAGUAAACAAAAUGUGGGUAGGUCAAUAAGCAUGGAGUUGUCUCCUGUUAUGGAAGACCCAAAUUGGAUGGGUGUCGCCUGUUGUUCUUUGUUAGUGGCACAUGAUGAUCCUACUAAUUUGAAUGAUAAUUUUCAUAGUAUUGAUUACAAAUUUGAAAAUAUAAAUUGGAUGCUUCCAAUAUUUUUAAACAAUGAUCUGGUCAUGGGUGAAAUGGAUCACUUGUUCAUGAUUUUUGUCUCUCGGGAAAUAAUCAGUUGUGAUCGAUGUCGACAUGAAGACAAAAUGAAUUAUAUUGAUAAAAUGGUAUUCAAAACUACCAUAUUUGGCCACCCUAAAGGUUUGCAUUUGGUGGUGAAAAAUUGCGGAUAUCGUUUGGUAUUUAAGGAAGAUCUUCAACAAUUAAACUUAAACAUGAUGUUCAGUAGAAAUUCCUCAUCUAGGAAGCUUUUAUCAAGUAAUUUGCCACACAUCAUUCAUUGAACUUAUUCACAGAAAACGUAAAAAUUUCUUUUCAACCACAAUUACAUCAAAGAAAUUCUUACCCAUUACAGGGCCUGAACUACCAGUGCCACGAAUCUCCACUUUGGAGAAAAAUGAGCUGAAUGAUUGAAGGCUGGUUCAAACUUAUUUCACCUAUUGGAUUGUAGUCAGUUAUAGUUGCUCUUCGGGAUGGAUUCAAAGGUAAUGGUUCAAAAAUGAGAAGUUGUACUGCUUCAAAAAAAGACUCCACUCUGAGGCAUCACUCUGGCGUACACACAAGGCUAGCACUGUCAAACAAUUAAAGGGGAGAUUGGAGAAGGUUCAAGUUUGGAAUUUAUUCCUGACCAGCAUAAGGCCUUAUUGGCACUUCUUCAACAACCUGGAAUUCAGAACAAUCACACCAUUAAUCAAUUUACCUCCACUGCACAAGAUCUUGGUUCAAAACCAUCAGGAAAACAAUUCUUUGAGGAUGAUUGUGCAGCUAACUUGCAAAAUGGUCUAUAUACAAUGAAUCCGUCAAUGCAACCAGAGAUUUUUGAGAAAAGUGUAAACAAUUUUUACAGUCACAAUAAUGAUGUAUGGCAUUUGAGACUAGGUCAUCCCUCUCAUGAGAAACUCAGAAAUAUACAAACUAUGUACCCUUUUGUGAAAUUUAAUAAAGACAAAGUUCCUUGUGAAGUGUGUCAUUUAGCUAAACAAAAAAGGCUUCCUUUUGCUUACAGUAGUAAUACUUGUGACGAUGUCAUUGAUUUGAUACAUAUAGAUAUUUGGGGUCCUUUAUCCAUUCCUUCAAUUUUUGGUCAUAAGUAUUUUUUAACCAUAGUAGAAAAUAAUGCUAGACAUACUUGGAUUUACUUUAUGAAACAAAAAAGUGAAACAGCCUCUUUGAUUCAAGCUUUUGUUGCUCAAACUCAAACUCAAUUCAAUAAAAAAAUUAAAAUAAUCAGAACUGAUAACGGCAGGGAAUUUAACAUGCAUGAAUGGUUUAAAGAUAAAGGCAUUUUGCACCAAACCU